AAGGGAAGUUGGAAAAGAGUCAAACAACCUCAUAGGCGGGAGAGCUCCACCUCCCUCCACUCCUCUUCGUCGCUCUUGCCGUCUGCUCUCUCUCUUCCUUGCGUCUACUGCGGCGGUGAAGUAGUUAGCGAAACCCCAGAAAAGGGUUUCUCUUCUUGCAAUCUUAGGUCGAAUAACAAUAUGCUGUCUGGAAUUAAGUUGAUUUCUCGGGAUCAAGUUGAUAGGGGAAAUAUCGAGGAAUCGAGUGGCAAGAAAGAUAGGGGGAAGAAGAAGGGUUCCAAAUAUAGUACUUCAGAUGAUGAAGAACAUGAGAAAAUUAGGAAAGGGUCUAAGAAAAAGAAGUGGUACUCUUCUGAUGAGUAUUCGGCUUCAUCUUCAGCGGAUGAUGUGAGUGAUAAUAGCUUGGGAGGUGACAGGAAGAAGCACAAGAGUCGUAAGCUGAAGGUUAAGAAGAAGUCGAAAAGAAGCAAACGGAAGUAUUCUUCCGAAGAUGAUUCUUUAUCUGGCUCUGAGAGUGGAGAGGAUGAUGGUAUAGGAAGAAGGAAGCGUAGGAGUAAGGGUAAAGAGAAAGAUUCUGAUGGUGCUGGAGGCCCUAGCUCUAAGGAUAAAAUUGAUAUCGUGAGAAAGGAAAUGGGGUUGGACUGGAUGACUAGACCAGCUGAAAAAACAGGCAAAAGUGCUCAGCCACUGUAUAAGGAGCAGCCAGUCGAGUCCGGUAGUGAAGAGAAGGAAAUAGUAAACCGCAAAGAACUGAAUCCUUAUCUGAGGGACAGUGGAAGUGGCUAUCCUGAAGAUGCAGAUCAAACAAAGGCUAAAAGCGAUCAACUUUUGGCAUCUUCUUUAGUGGGGGACGGUGGAGCAAGCUGGAGAAUGAAGGCUUUGAAGCGUGCACAAGAGCAAGCAACACGCGAGGGAACACAUGUUAAAGAAGUUGUUAAAGAAAGGUGGGGAUCUCUAGGUACUCUUGCGGUGUCUGUGGCAUCUCGUAGUGCCGCUGCUCCCCGUGCUCAUUUGCACGCCAUAAAAUCCCGGAAGAUAGGAGCAGGCGGGGAAGCUAAAUCAGAUUUAACUAGUGAAAGUAAAAGGGAUCCUGAAAAGGAUACUGGACGUGAAAAUAUGAGGGAUACUUCUGUCCGCCGUCCUGAAAUGAAAGCACCUAAAGUUCACGAUUCGUUAUCCUGGGGAGGAAGAAAAGGUCAUAAAAUGAGAAGUGAAGAUGCUGCCUUGAUCUCAAAUGCACUUUCUAGCAUAAACAACUUUUCUAAUGAUGGAAACUUCAUGAGUGAAUUUGUAAAUCAGCACAAAAAACCUGGAUAUGGCUCUCAGGAUGUCUCAAGUUCAAAAUCUGAUGCUAUUCGGGAGGGAGAUUCUGAUUCAGUUAUAAAGAAAUCUAGCGAGGAAAAGCAGCCUCUGAGUGCUAAUCAACUCGCUGCGAAAGCCAUGCAGCUAAGACUAAAAGGCAAGCAUGAGGAAGCUGAUAAACUCCUGAAAGAAGCUGGAAACAAUACAGUGGAUCACAGUGCAGGGGAGAGAUUAGUAAAACUAAGAAACGAUGUCAGUUCGAGCAGAUAUGCUGCUCAAGAAAAACAGUUGCAGCAGAAGGGAAAAGAAGAUGAUGGUGAUAGACAUUUGGCUCAGACGAUAACGAAGAAUAAGAAAUAUAGUAUGUCUACUCAGGCUGAUGAUGAAUAUGAUUAUGAUGGGGCACCGACCAAAAAGGGCAGGAGAAAAGGUGGAGACCAUGAGAACAGAUCACAUUCUAUGCAAAAUGUGGGAAAGCGAAUUGUUACUCAACAGGAGCGAUGCUUAUGCUGUUUUGAGAAUCCAAAGAGGCCUAAGCAUCUUGUUGUAGCUAUAGCGAAUUUUACAUACCUAAUGCUACCACAAUUCCAGCCAGUUGCCCCUGGCCAUUGUUGCAUAUUAACAUUGCAGCAUGAGUUGGCCACAAGAAUGGUAGAUGAAAAUGUUUGGGAAGAAAUCCGCAACUUCAAGAAGUGCCUCAUUAUGAUGGCUGCUAAGCAAGACAAAGAAAUGAUCUUUUUGGAAACAGUGCUUUGGUUGGCACAGCAGCGCCGCCAUUGCUUAAUCGAAUGCAUUCCUUUGCCCAAAGACAUUGCAAAAGAAGCACCUCUUUAUUUUAAAAAGGCAAUUGACGAGGCAGAAGACGAGUGGAGUCAGCACAAUGCAAAGAAAUUAAUUGAUACGAGUAAGAAAGGGCUGCGUGCUUCAAUCCCCAAGGACUUCCCCUACUUCCAUGUAGAAUUUGGACUUGACAAGGGAUUUGUACAUGUAAUUGACGACGAAACACAAUUCAAAACUAGUUUUGGUCUCAACGUGAUUAGGGGCAUGCUACAGUCCCAGGAUGAAAAUAUGUAUCGUCGUCGUCAGAACGAGUCGGUCGAUGCUCAAAAAGAAGCCGUCUCUGCAUUUGCUGGAGAUUGGAAGCCAUUCGACUGGACCAAACAACUAGACUGAGUUGGGAAUUCAGGAUACGUAGUAUUGUUGUAGAUUUCGAGGAAAACUGUACAUACUAGAAUUUUUUGACUCAUUCACUAGAUAAAAUUGCCAUCUUUCAUGAAUCUUGUAGUUUGUAUUCUCAAUUUUUUUUAUUGAAUACAAGCGCCUUUAUUCUCAAAUUUUUUUUAUUGAAUACAAGCGCCUUUAAAAUGGCGGGAUUUGCUCCACUGAGAGAGACUUCAUCACCAGGCAUAGAAAUUUCUGAAGAAUGGUCAGUUGUUGCAGACACCAUAUCAAAAAGUUUCACAUCACUAGCUCCUGUUGUCUUCAUAUGCGGCGCUAAAAACAGUGGCAAGACCACUUUCUCUCGUUACCUACUCAACACUUUCCUUCCCAGAUACAAAAGAGUAGCUUACUUGGAUACAGAUAUUGGACAGCCAGAGUUCACCCCUCCGGGAUGUCUAUCACUUACCAUCAUUGAUGAAGCAACUCCAGACUUAACUAUCCCUUGUCUGAAAACUCCUCUAAGGAUUCUUACAACCGAUGGUAAGUUUCCUGAAAUUCUGUUAUUUUCUACAAUUUCUGUUGUGAAGUUUGGAAUGCUUUCACAAAAUCUAGUUCUAGGCAUCUAUCUAACGCUUACAAGUUUGAACUAGAUGGCUGAUAUUAUGUGGUUAAAGGAGAAGAAAUUGUUGUUAGGUGUUUGUUAACUGAACCUGUAUAAGUCAUGACAUUAAUUUGAUACCUGGUUCAGUUUAGAUUUCUUUUCAAUGCAAAAGUCACUAAUUUGAAGCCUCUUAUAUCUUCUUCUUGUUCUGAAGAUUACAUAUUUGCUUUAUUAGUUUACUUUUCUGCUUUGCUUCCAAUAACUUUAAGAGAAUCUAAUUUGUUUCUCAUGUGUUGAUUGAACUGUCUCCCAGUAAACUAAUAACCUUACUGUAACAACCUAACUGUAUGCUUUUGAACUAUUACUACUCUGCUAACACAUGAUUUCUUAUUUGAUAUCAUUCUUUGUGGACCAUUUUUAUUUGUGUUCUAAUUAACUGCUUUAUUGAUUAUUAUUGAUUGUUUAUCAUCCUGGAUUGUUGUUCAUUGAUGAACCUAUGCCUUAGACCUUUAAAUUCUGAUUUAUUCCUAUUUUAUUAUCGUCGUAGUUUUAAUAUCAAAACCAACCAAAAUCUUGUUCGCAGUAGUCUAGACCUUAGAUUUUGUAAUAGAAAGAACGCAUGUUUCCCUGUGGAUUCGAUCCCUACUUCCCUUACUAUCUUGUUAGUGGACUUAGGUUUAUUUUUUAUUAGGUGAUACGACUUGAGCCUGUCAGUAGAAUAUAUUUAAGAGCCCCUCCGUACGAGAGUCACUCCUAAUUAGUCUUUAUAAAGAAUAGAAAGUAAACUUUGGCUAUUACAAGGAUCUAUAUACAUAUUUCCACUAGUAAGAUGUCCCACGUCUGCGAUCCAGUACGUCUACUGAUGUGUUUGCUUCUCUAAAAAUAUGUUUGUUCUCCCACAUGUCGAAAAAGAUGAGAAGAUUCUUGAUAUCGUUAACGAUGUUAUGUAGUUUUCAAAGAAUAGACCAGUUGCCCUUAAAUGCAUUGAUGAUAAGCAAAUUAUCACCCUCUAUACGAAGAUGCUUGAUUUUGAGACGUUUUGAUUCUUGAAUGCCUUUGUAUAAACAUAUAACUAUCUAAUUUUUUAUUUUCCCUUGAGCAACAAACACGCACAAUCUAGGAAUUACGUACACAAGUGUUCAUGGCAGAAGUGUGUGCUCUUCACAGAGGACUUCAGGAAGCAAAACGCCUCAACAUCAAGAAUCUAAGUAUUGAAGGUGACAAUCUAAUGGUUAUUAACUCAGUCAAAGGAACUUGGAGUAUCCCGUGGAAACUUCAUAACAUCAUCAAAGAUAUCAAGGAUACUCUCACUUUUUUCGACAAUUGGGAAAUAAAGCACAUUUACCGAGAAGCUGACCGAACAGCAGACUGGAUCGCAAAUGUUGGUUACUUAAUUAGCAACACAAUAGGUAUUGAAGUUUGUAAUAGUCCCCAGUUACUUUUCAUUUUAGACAAUGAUUACUUAGGAGUAACCCUCGUGCGGAGGGGCUCCUAAUGUAUUAUUUUUCUUAUCUUUUCAAAAAAAAAAUAAAAAAAUCCCGUGCAUUAACAUGGGUACAUUUUACUCAUGUUAUAAAAAACUCCAAAAAUCACACUUGGAAAAGAUUUUUAUUUAUA